AUGGCGCGGAAACCGCAGACCUAUGGUAAGCUGUCGCAAGAUGACGGCCUGAAACGCCGAAAGCAAAAGGCAGACUCCGACUCAGAGGAAGUGGACGAGUCGCAGCUCUCUGAGCGAGAAAGGGCGAAGAAGAAGUGGGUGAAGCGCCUAAAUUGGCUCUGGCGAAAGAUGACCGCUGCCUUUUGGGUGAGCGCCGCUUGUGGCCUCAUUUGGUACACCAACUUUUUCCGAGUGAUGUGGGAAUCGCCCUUGGUUAACCGAACCUACUUCUACUUAGCUUUGGCCUGCCUGACCUUCAACAUGACGAUGCUGGCGUACUUGGCCAUUUGGUGCACCAGCGUGCUGAAGAUCGACGAGCCCUGGAAAACCAAGCACCCCAAGGCAAUUCCAGUCAUGGCCAUCGUGGGUUUCAGCAGCGUGUGGCUCUUCUUCUUCGCCUUUUGGCCAGUGUGGGGCCUCCUGACCCUAGUCAUUCAGUUCGUCCUCUUCUUGGGCUUCGUUAGUGCAGGACACUUCCUACCGAGUGGCACGCUCGGAGCCAUUCUGAUGUUUGUCAUCUUCUUCGGUGCUUUCUUCACCAGCGAGUUGAUUCCACACGAAGGUUUGGCGCAUUACACACCCCGCCCCAGCAUGGUGGGUGAUGCAGCCUCCAACGAGAAAGCCGAAAAAGCCCAUGCGUGUACAGAUGCGCACGCGCGGCUGUCCGUGGUCUCCAAGCUGCAAGGAAUCACACCCUGA